AUGAAUCCGUUUAACCAUCAAAACUAAAAUUCUAAUUUCAUGACAAAUUAUGCAUAUAAUGCUUCGCCAUUUUUGCAAUCUUAUUUUGAUUAACUUUCCAUGUUUUACUUGCUUUAAAGAUAAUUAAAAUCUUAAGCUAACCAAGGAAUAUAAAAUUAUUAACAAAAAAUCGAAACUAUAAUAAUUUCUAGUGAUGAAGAAUAACCUAUAAUAAAAUAGAAAGAAUAACUUUCAAAAGUCAUACCAGCGGCUUUAUAAAAAAAAGGAUAAAAGAGAAUUUUAGACCUUGAUUAAUUAGAAUUAUAAGGAGGAAUAUAUCAGAAUGAUUCUUUUGAAUCCCCUUUAUAAUAAGAAAGGGUCUAAAAAUGUUUAAAAUCUCAACAAUCAAAAAUAUUAAAUAGAAAUGAAAGUUUAUAACCAUUUAAAUUAAAAAAAAAAAUACUAAAGUCUAAAAAAUAACCUAAAAAAUAUUGUUUAAAAGGGUAGAAAUAAAUUUUGAUUGGAAAGUAGCGAUAAUAAUAUUUAUUUAACCAAUCUAGUGUUAAAACACAAUUGAUAAAAGUUUACACAAAAAAUGAAGAAAAACGUAUGUUAAAUUUAUUCUAUUAUUUAGUUUUAAAAAUAAGAGAACUUUUACAUUAGAAUUUUCCAAAUUCAAAUGAUGAAGAUGCUAUCAGGUUAUUAAAUGCCACAGGAAAAUCAUAUGAAAAAGCUAUGGAUUUAAUAAAAGAAAAUGAAUUACUUGUUCAAUAUAUGUUGGAAAGUAAAUUUUUUUAUUUAUAUUGAGCUAAUAAAAUUAAUGAAAUACUAGAAGAUGAUGAUUUAGAAACAAUAAAAUGA